AUUAAAUAUUAUUUGUGUUGUCUUUUUCUCCCAAAUUUCCAACAAAUCAUUCGAUGGGAAAAUGAUGAUUCCCAUAUUUCCAACAAUCUUGGAAAAGAUGCUUCAAAUUGAGUAGAACUUCAUAGACUAGCUGCAUUCAAUCCCCAAAAAUCACAACCGAGUACAUGUAAUGUUUCCGUCGAUUUGUGCAUUUGUUCUCUAAGCUAUAAGAGUGUAAGUUAGCCAAAGGUUGUCUUUUGUUCAGAUUAUUGGCGGAUGAAGGGGUCUGGCUGGAGAGAGGACAGUGAAGAGACUCCGGCUUUCAAAAGCUCUAACAGUACCUGAGUCUACAAGUAUUUAUGAUGCUUGCCGCAGGAUGGCUGCUCGCAGAGUUGAUGCUUUAUUGCUGACUGACUCGAAUGCAUUACUAUGUGGUAUAUUGACAGAUAAGGAUAUAACAACAAGAGUUAUUGCAAGUGAAGUCAAUAUUCAGGAAACACCUGUUUCAAAGGUUAUGACAAAACAUCCUGUUUUUGUGCUCUCAGACACACUUGCUGUAGAAGCAUUGCAGAAAAUGGUACUAGGAAAAUUUAGACAUUUGCCAGUUGUAGAAAAUGGUGAGGUCAUUGCUUUGCUUGAUAUAGCAAAAUGUCUUUAUGAUGCUAUUGCUCGACUUGAACGGGCAACAGAGAAAGGAAAGGCAAUUGUAGCUUCUGUCGAGGGAGUUGAAAAAAACUGGGGAGCAUCUGUUUCUGGUUCUGAUUCUUUUAUUGAAACACUUCGGGAGAGAAUGUUCCGGCCUUCACUAUCUACAAUCAUUUCUGAGAAUCCAAAGACUGUUACAGUUGAACCAAACGAUACUGUUUUAGACGCAGCAAAAAAGAUGCUUGAAUCUCAAACAAGCUCCGCAAUUGUGGCUGUUGAUAAGAAACCACAAGGAAUUUUAACUUCAAAGGACAUACUGAUGCGAGUCAUAGCACAAGAUCUUUCACCAGAGUCCAUUAUUGUUGAGAGGGUAAUGACUCCCAAUCCUGAAUGUGCUACAACGGAUACACCUAUUGUUGAUGCUUUACAUACAAUGCAUGACGGGAAAUUUUUACACCUACCUGUAAUUGAUAGAGAUGGAAUUGUAGUUGCAGUGGUUGAUGUGCUUCAUAUCACUCAUGCAGCUGUAGCCAUGGUGGGAAAUACUUCUGGAGUGAAUAACGAAGUUGCAAAUACUAGGAUGCAAAAGUUUUGGGAUUCAGCUAUGGAAUUGUCUCCAGAUGAUGAUGAAGAUACACGAAGCAUUGCUUCCUUGAAAUUAGCUUCUGAAGGGGUAGAGUUGAGAAGAUCUAUUUCCUAUCCUUCGUCAAGCCUGCCUAAUACUUUUGCAUUCAAGAUUCAAGACAGAAUGGGAAGGAUGCACAGAUUCAACUGCAAUAUCCGGAGCAUGACAGAUGUCAUAACAGCAAUUAUUCAGAGAGUGGGGGAUGACAUUAACCGGAAGAACCUUCCUCAAAUUCUGUAUGAAGAUGAAGACCAUGACAAGGUUGUUCUAGCAACAGAAAGUGAUCUCACAGCUGCAGUUGACCAUGCAAGAUCUGCAGGUUGGAAGGGACUAAGAUUGCACUUAGACUAUUCAGGAAAGCGUGGCCAUAGGAAGGGUUCAAGCUCCAACAGUUUGGAUUAUGCUCAUACAGAAUCUGCAUGGGCUUCAGCUUACAGCGCUGUAGCUGCUGGUGCUGCAUUAGUUGCAGGUUUAGGUGUAAUAGCAUUUCUAAGGAGAUCUAGCAACUGAUUAUUAUUUGAGAAACAUAUUUGCCAUCUGCUGUACAGUAGCACAUUACUUCAAGACAGAGUAAUGGAUAAAUUUGAUUUGAGUAGACGUCGGAUGAGCUUUAGGUUUUUAAUCGAUAGCUCUAUUUACUGCAGUCCAUUAUUUUUUCCUGCAGACAUACAUGUAGCAGGUGUCUUGGUCUGAAAUGGUGUCAAUUUUUUUCCGUUGUGAGUCAUGUGUGACCUUGAAAUUGUAUUCGGUAUAAACUGGGUAGAGUAUGCAAAGUAUAGUUCCAGGAUUUUUGUAGCAGAACAGAAA